AUGUGUCAAGCCACGAGGAGGGACAAGAACAGGAUGAUGAGUAAGACCAAAACUUUGCUAUCUCAUUUUUUGCAUUCAAGAGGAUUUGGCAAAAGGAAACUCACACAUCAUCUUUUGCAGGCCAACUCCAAACCCCAAAACCCAAAGGGUUUCUACGUGGGUGGAGAAUGCUACACUGGGAGAUUUCUCUUGUUUACUCUUGUUGAUCUUAAUAAAGACUUAAAGCCUACAGGACUUUCAAGUGGCGAGUACAUGGAAGACAUGGUAGAUGUGGCUCUAGAUACAUACAACGAGAUCAAGGUUCCGGGUGGGGAUCUUGUGAGUAUCAAUCUAAGACAGAGAGGAAGUUUCGCAAAGGAAAACUCAUGCCAUCCUUUGCAGGUCAACUCCAACAGCGAAAGAUUGACGUUUUGUGGAGAAAGACGCGUUUUACACUUUCAAGCUCAAAAUGUA